AUGCCAGUGACACUGACAGAUCUGCCCGUAGAAUUGCUUCACCAUAUACAUCACCUCGCGCUCAACCCUUUCCUCCCUUGCACGAAUCACCAGCUUCAUUCCAUAUUCCAUCAUCCAUCUCCAUACUACGCUUCCACCUAUCUCCUCCGGCUGUACUCUGCUUAUGGAGCGAAUGAGAUUCUUACAAGAUCGUUGAGACAUCCAAUAUGUACCACCGACGUCGCAGAGGAGAUACGGAAAAUCUGGGAUCGACGUAGGGGAUAUAUAGAGUCUCCCAUAUCAUGUGAGAAAAAGCGACGAAAUUCUACCACAUCGAUUGAGAAAGGCAAACAUCGGCAUAGAUCAAUCUCGAGAUCGCCCUCACCUACACCACCGCCUGAACCGACUGCUCCCGCCAUACAAUGUACUGAAAUCCCCCGUCGUCUAUUUCGAGAUCCGUUUGAUCCUUCUCGACCGAUUCAUCCUCUAAUCAAAUACCUCUUCGACAAGUAUCAUCCUUCCCCCAAUUCACAUAAAGGUUAUCCACUAUUUCGAGCGAUCUUAACGUCAAAUUACGAAUUAGUGACUUUCUUACUUGAACAUGGUGCCGAUCCAGGUAUAAAAGAUUCUUUCGCUCUGGAUAUAGCUAUUUCCAUGAAAGAUUUGAAAAUGGUCAAACUGUUGGUAGAGAGGGAUCCUUCGCAUUCGACUCCAUCACCUGUCAAGGAAGGGUUGAAGAAUGGCAAGAAAGUUAAAUUGGGUGAUAGAGUGGAAAUAGGUACGAGGAUGGUUGAGAAAGCCAUAGAGAAAGGGUCACAAGAAAUUAUCAAUUAUUUCGUUUAUGAAAAGAAGGUUAUGCCACCGCUGCAUUCUAUCAUGAACAUUGGUAAGACAGAUCGCAACAAAUCACAGAAGCGUAAGAAACCAUUAAGACCGUCAUUACCCGCUAAAGCAUAA